CCACUCGCACCCGCCCCCACUCCCCACCGCGUAGCCCUCCCCUUCGUCGGCAGCCCAAAAACCCUCGGGGCCGAAGCGAGGAGAGGACGGCAAUGGCGGAGGCGCGACGCAGCCACCCGUCGCAGUACGUGAAGCUGACCAAGGACCAGGACGCUUCCGCCUCCGGCCCCGGCGUGGAGGACAUCCGCCCUGGCGAGCUCAACCUGCCCGUCGCCGUCCCGCAGCUGGAGCGGAUGAUGUGCAUCCAGUGUGGGCAGGUGCUGCCUGAGGGCCACCAGGCGCCGGCCGACGAGCCGUGGACCACCGGCAUCUUCGGUUGCGCUGAAGACCCCGAGAGCUGCUGGACUGGACUAUUCUGCCCCUGUUUGUUGUUUGGACGAAAUGUUCAGGCCCUUAGAGAAGAUAUCCCAUGGACAAGACCCUGCACUUGCCAUGCUGUCUGUGUUGAAGGUGGCAUUGCAUUGGCAAUCCUUACGGCUAUAUUCCAUGGUGUUGACCCAGACGCAUCGAUCCUGAUUGGUGAAGGCCUGGUCUGCUGUUGGUGGAUAUGCUCUAUUUAUACUAGUAUUGUUCGUGAAAACCUUCAGAAGAAGUAUCAUCUCGAGAAAUCUCCAUGCGAUCCUUGCAUAGUUCACUGCUGCUUCCACUACUGCGCGAACUGUCAGGAGCAUCGUGAAAGGAAAGGCCGACUUGCAGAAAACAGUGUUGUUCCAAUGACCGUUGUCAACCCACCGCCGCUGCAAGAGAUGAGCAUGGCUGAGAACAACGCUCCCACAUCCGAGAAUGAAGGGUCAAAGGCAGCAUGAGAACUGAAACUGACAUGGAGUCUGCUCGCCCUUUUAGAGGCCACUACUAUAUACAGUAUAUUGUUAAAUGACUGUCAUCUGGCAGGUACCGUAUGAAACAUUGGUCUGAUCCAGAUUUUAGUUUAUGACCAUUACUACUUGUGAUAGAAUAUUGCCCGUGGGCAUAUGAUAUAUAUGUGUGGAGACCAUUACUACCUAUGAUAGAAUGUUGCUUGCGGGCAUAUAAUAUAUGUAUGGAUAUAUUUACAUUUGUGAGCCGUA